CAGGGUUAAUUCCGAGUGGUAAACAGGGUUAAUUCAGCAUAGUUAAAACAGGGUUAAUUCAGCAUAGUUAAAACAGGGUUAAUUCAGCAUAGUUAAAACAGGGUUAAUUCAGCAUAGUUAAAACAGGGUUAAUUCAGCAUAGUUAAAACAGGUUUAAUUCAGCAUAGUUAAAACAGGGUUAAUUCCGAGUGGUAAACAGGGUUAAUUCCGAGUGGUAAACAGGGUUAAUUCAGCAUAGUUAAAACAGGGUUAAUUCAGCAUAGUUAAAACAGGGUUAAUUCAGCAUAGUUAAAACAGGGUUAAUUCAGCAUAGUUAAAACAGGGUUAAUUCAGCAUAGUUAAAACAGGGUUAAUUCAGCAUAGUUAAAACAGGGUUAAUUCAGCAUAGUUAAAACAGGGUUAAUUCCGAGUGGUAAACAGGGUUAAUUCCGAGUGGUAAACAGGGUUAAUUCAGCAUAGUUAAAACAGGGUUAAUUCAGCAUAGUUAAAACAGGGUUAAUUCAGCAUAGUUAAAACAGGGUUAAUUCAGCAUAGUUAAAACAGGGUUAAUUCCGAGUGGUAAACAGGGUUAAUUCCGAACGGUAAACCAGGUUAAUUCAGCAUAGUUAAAACAGGGUUAAUUCCGAGUGGUAAACAGGGUUAAUUCCGAGUGGUAAACAGGGUUAAUUCCGAGUGGUAAACAGGGUUAAUUCAGCAUAGUUAAAACAGGGUUAAUUCCGAGUGGUAAACAGGGUUAAUUCCGAGUGGUAAACCAGGUUAAUUCCGAGUGGUAAACAGGGUUAAUUCCGAGUGGUAAACAGGGUUAAUUCCGAGUGGUAAACAGGGUUAAUUCCGGGUGGUAAACAGGGUUAAUUCCGAGUGGUAAACAGGGUUAAUUCCGAGUGGUAAACAGGGUUAAUUCCGAGUGGUAAACAGGGUUAAUUCCGAGUGGUAAACAGGGUUAAUUCAGCAUAGUUAAAACAGGGUUAAUUCCGAGUGGUAAACAGGGUUAAUUCCGAGUGGUAAACAGGGUUAAUUCCGGGUGGUAAACAGGGUUAAUUCCGAGUGGUAAACAGGGUUAAUUCCGAGUGGUAAACAGGGUUAAUUCCGGGUGGUAAACAGGGUUAAUUCCGAGUGGUAAACAGGGUUAAUUCCGAGUGGUAAACAGGUUUACUUCCGAACGAUAAACAGGUUUACUUCCGAACGAUAAACAGGGUUAAUUCCGAGUGGUAAACAGGGUUAAUUCCGAGUGGUAAACAGGGUUAAUUCCGAGUGGUAAACAGGGUUAAUUCCGAGUGGUAAACAGGGUUAAUUCCGAGUGGUAAACAGGGUUAAUUCCGAGUGGUAAACAGGGUUAAUUCCGAGUGGUAAACAGGGUUAAUUCCGAGUGGUAAACAGGGUUAAUUCAGCAUAGUUAAAACAGGGUUAAUUCCGAGUGGUAAACAGGGUUAAUUCCGAGUGGUAAACAGGUUUAAUUCCGAGUGGUAAACAGGGUUAAUUCAGCAUAGUUAAAACAGGGUUAAUUCGGAGCGCAUUUUUUCUCCCCCAGAGUUCCCGAGUUGUUUUGAACACAGCAUAAGCAGCGCUCUUCGACCAUCACACCAGUGCUCUGCAAUAGUUUUCAAAACAUUUUAUAUAUAUUUUUUGUAGGUCGAUAUCGAUGUCCUCAGGACCUUUUCCGAUGUCCGCAAGUGGCUAGUGACUAAUAAAAUGCUAUUUCUAGGGACCAAUAGAAUGCUGUUUCUAGUGACUAAUAAAAUGCUAUUUCUAGUGACUAAUAUAAUGCUAUUUCUAGUGACCAAUAGAAUGCUAUUUCUAGUGACCAAUAGAAUGCUGUUUCUGGGGACUACUAAUAGAAUGCUAUUUCUAGGGACCAAUAGAAUGCUGUUGCUAGUGACUAAUAGAAUGCUAUUUCUAGUGACUAAUAGAAUGCUAUUUCUAGUGACCAAUAGAAUGCUAUUUCUAGUGACCAAUAGAAUGCUGUUGCUAGUGACUAAUAUAAUGCUAUUUCUAGUGACCAAUAGAAUGCUAUUUCUAGUGACCAAUAGAAUGCUGUUUCUAGGGACUACUAAUAUAAUUCUAUUUCUAGGGACCAAUAGAAUGCUAUUUCUAGUGACCAAUAGAAUGCUGUUGCUAGUGACUAAUAGAAUGCUAUUUCUAGUGACCAAUACAAUGCUAUUUCUAGUGACCAAUAGAAUGCUGUUUCUAGGGACUACUAAUAGAAUGCUAUUUCUAGGGACCAAUAGAAUGCUAUUUCUAGUGACCAAUAGAAUGCUGUUGCUAGUGACUAAUAUAAUGCUAUUUCUAGUGACCAAUAGAAUGCUAUUUCUAGUGACCAAUAGAAUGCUGUUUCUAGGGACUACUAAUAGAAUGCUAUUUCUAGGGACCAAUAGAAUGCUAUUUCUAGUGACCAAUAGAAUGCUGUUGCUAGUGACUAAUAGAAUGCUAUUUCUAGUGACCAAUAGAAUGCUGUUUCUAGGGACUACUAAUAGAAUGCUAUUUCUAGGGACCAAUAGAAUGCUAUUUAUAGUGACCAAUAGAAUGCUGUUUCUAGGGACUACUAAUAGAAUGCUAUUUCUAGGGACCAAUAGAAUGUUAUUUCUAGGAACCAAUAGAAUGCUAUUUCUAGUGACCAAUAGAAUGCUGUUGCUAGUGACUAAUAGAAUGCUAUUUCUAGUGACCAAUAGAAUGCUGUUUCUAGGGACUACUAAUAGAAUGCUAUUUCUAGGGACCAAUAGAAUGCUAUUUCUAGGAACCAAUAGAAUGCUAUUUCUAGUGACCAGUAGAAUGCUGUUUCUAGGGACUACUAAUAGAAUGCUAUUUCUAGGGACCAAUAGAAUGCUAUUUAUAGUGACCAAUAGAAUGCUGUUUCUAGGGACUACUAAUAGAAUGCUAUUUCUAGGGACCAAUAGAAUGCUAUUUCUAAGAACCAAUAGAAUGCUAUUUUAGUGACCAAUAGAAUGCUAUUUCUAGGAACCAAUACAAUGCUAUUUCUAGGAACCAAUAGAAUGCUAUUUCUAGGGACCAAUAGAAUGCUAUUUCUAGGGACCAAUAGAAUGCUAUUUCUAGGGACCAAUAGGAUGCUAUUUCUAGGGACCAAAGAAUGCUAUUUCUAGGGACCAAUAGAAUGCUAUUUCUAGGGACCAAUAGAAUGCUAUUUCUAGGGACCAAUAGAAUGCUAUUUCUAGGGACCAAUAGAAUGCUAUUUCUAGGGACCAAUAGAAUGCUAUUUCUAGGGACCAAUAUAAUGCUGUUUCUAGGGACUACUAAUAGAAUACUAUUUCUAGGGACCAAUAGAAUGCUAUUUCUAGUGACCAAUAGAAUGCUGUUGCUAGUGACUAAUAGAAUGCUAUUUCUAGUGACCAAUAUAAUGCUAUUUCUAGUGACCAAUAGAAUGCUGUUUCUAGGGACUACUAAUAGAAUGCUAUUUCUAGGGACCAAUAGAAUGCUAUUUCUAGUGACCAAUAGAAUGCUGUUGCUAGUGACUAAUAGAAUGCUAUUUCUAGUGACCAAUAUAAUGCUAUUUCUAGUGACCAAUAGAAUGCUGUUUCUAGGGACUACUAAUAGAAUGCUAUUUCUAGGGACCAAUAGAAUGCUAUUUCUAGUGACCAAUAGAAUGCUGUUGCUAGUGACUAAUAGCAUGCUAUUUCUAGGGACCAAUAGAAUGUUAUUUCUAGUGACCAAUAGAAUGCUGUUUCUAGGGACUACUAAUAGAAUGCUAUUUCUAGGGACCAAUAGAAUGCUAUUUCUAGGAACCAAUAGAAUGCUAUUUCUAGUGACCAGUAGAAUGCUGUUUCUAGGGACUACUAAUAGAAUGCUAUUUCUAGGGACCAAUAGAAUGCUAUUUAUAGUGACCAAUAGAAUGCUGUUUCUAGGGACUACUAAUAGAAUGCUAUUUCUAGGGACCAAUAGAAUGCUAUUUCUAAGAACCAAUAGAAUGCUAUUUCUAGGGACCAAUAGAAUGCUAUUUCUAGUGACCAAUAGAAUGCUGUUGCUAGUGACUAAUAGAAUGCUAUUUCUAGGGACCAAUAGAAUGCUAUUUCUAGGGACCAAUAGAAUGCUAUUUCUAGGGACCAAUAGGAUGCUAUUUCUAGGGACCAAAAGAAUGCUAUUUCUAGGGACCAAUAGAAUGCUAUUUCUAGGGACCAAUAGAAUGCUAUUUCUAGGACCAAUAGAAUGCUAUUUCUAGGGACCAAUAGAAUGCUAUUUCUAGGGACCAAUAGAAUGCUAUUUCUAGGGACCAAUAUAAUGCUGUUUCUAGGGACUACUAAUAGAAUACUAUUUCUAGGGACCAAUAGAAUGCUAUUUCUAGUGACCAAUAGAAUGCUGUUGCUAGUGACUAAUAGAAU